AGUCGCGUUCGACUGUCAUAACAUUAUUGCCCGAAAUGAAAUGGAAAAGUGUCGAAAUUCGCCGGAGUCGACGCAGGCCAAUUCCCAAACUCCGGACAAGUUAAAGUUAGUUGAUCUGGCGCGGGCGGUCGGCCAACAUCCUCCAGACGUAGCAGAAACGCGCGAUUUUCUCACGAAAGAAAAAGUCUCACGAUGGGCGUGAAUUCGAUCUUGGCGGCGUGCGUCUUUGCGACUUUCACGGCGGCCGUUGUGGCCUUGCAAUGUUACCAGUGCGGGCAAUACAACGACGGGGUGGGAUCCAUAACACCCUGUAUCAACGAGACGCAUAUGGAGUUGAAGGAGUGCCCCAGCCUCGACCACGUUUAUUGCAUUAAAUAUGUAAGCGAAGGAUCUACGGUGCGGGACUGCGUCGAGAAGUGCACGGAAAAAGAGAACUGGGGCACCAAGACGUUCUGUUGUACAGAACCCGGCUGCAACGGGGCCUUCAUGAAGUCAUCCAGUUUAUUGGUGAUGGUAAUCUUGACAACUCUUGUGAUCCACUGAGAAACGGUCGAAGAUUCAACAUAUAUAGAUAAGCACAUUCCUGAAUGAUAUUCUAAAUCGUUUUCUAUAGUCUUCCUCGUUCAUAAGAAUGUUUUUUUCUCCAUUUCGGAUUCAUUGGAUCACAUAGACACGCGCGCGCGAAAUUGAGAUGUUAAUCGUGGCCUGGGAUGCUGAAAUGUCUCGGCUCGGGACGUGGACAGGCUGAGUCUUGGAGAAGUUAAAUGCUUUCGGAAGGACAAUCAAGUUUCGGUUCCAAUGACGUGAAAAAUCGAACUCUUUUGCACUUUUUCACGUUUAAAAUUUGAAAACUAAAAAACGCACUUAAAAAGUUUCGAUUUUUAUAUAAUAAUUGUUUUUACGUGAACAUCAAUAUCUACAAGGGACUUGUUAAAAUGUAUUAUAAAAUAAAAAAAUAUUGGGUAAACGUGGCAAUAUUUAAAAAUCACAAAAUUUGAUAAAACAAAAAGCCAAAAUUGGUUUCAUAGUAUACUAAAUUUAGUUAUAUUGUAAAUGCUAAGUUAGGUUAUAACAAGAAUUAAGAAUUUAGUUUUUAAUUUUCUAUCCCGACGCAUCCACCAAAGUUAAAUUAAAUUAACCACAUUGUGUGAAUAAUAAAAUACAAAAUGCAAAGAUGUAAUCUGCAGAAAUUUCAUUCUUUGUAUUUUAACCGCCUUAAAUACACAUUUUUUAUAUUUCCAAAGAAUAAAACUGCUAAAAUAAUAUUAGGUGAGACAAAAAAUUUAUAAUUGAAAAAAAUUGCAAAUCUUACCAACCCUCUCAAAAUCUAAACAUUUGUAUUCAAUAAAUUAAGAGACAUUAAAGGAAAUUAAAAAAUACAAUUUUUUUGCAAACCUUAAAUUUUAGUUGAUUUUAAUAUAGUGUAAUAAUGUAGUAAUUUAGAUUUAGUGUUUUGUUCAAAUUUUCUAAUUAAAAAUAAUACAAUUGAUAUUAAUAUUUGUGUGCUAAAAUGUUUGUAUAUUAUUUUAAAUAAGACAAUUAAAGAAUAGAUAUGAAUACAAACUUAAAAAAGGUUAACCUAGUAAUUUAUCUUUGAGGAAUAAAAUAUCAAAACAAAAAAUGUAUUUUACAAACACUUGCCUUGUAUAUAUGGAGAAACAUUUAACAAUUCGCAAGAUUCUUCCUGUACAUAAAAGACGAAACGAAUCGUACAAAAAUAUCACACAUCAAUUUUUCAAACAGCAUCGGGGCCAGUCUCAGCACUUUUAAACUAAUCCACGAAAUUUUUUUUCAGUUUUCCUGAAACGAAACUUUCACAAAAGAAAGAAAAAAAAGGGAAAACUGAAAACUGCUACCAUAAAUGUUGUUUUACUAUUACAGUUAAAUUAAAUAUCGUAAUUAGGAUUCUAGUACAUGACAUAUUCGUCAAAAAAAGUUCACCUAAAAAAUGAAAUUAAUAAAAUUUGUAACGUAAGUAAUAGAUAAGCUUAAUAUUGAUUAAUUAUAAUUAACAAUCUAUAUAUUCUAAAAAAAUCACAAAUUCUAAUUAUAAGACGAUCCACGAAUGCAGAGUUUUCCCCCGCAAUUUCCCGGUUUCCAUUAUAAUUUCAUGCAAAAUAAUUCCAUAUCGUGGCGCGGUAAACGUUUAUUUAUGCAAUAAAAACCAUGCACAUGCGAAGAACUUGUUGAUUAUUUAAAAUAAGAUUUAUGUAAUUGCUGAUUCAGAAGCACACUGUAUAUAACAAGAAAAAAUUAGAACCAUUUGUAAGUGCUUUCGUACAAACUAUGUCACUUGGUGUAUCACGCUGUAACGAUUUGUGUAACGACAACAAAUGUUAUUAUAAAUAAAUCAUCAUA